CCGAGAAGACGCGAAAAGAUUAGGCAACCGCGCGCGCGGCCAGCGUGUUCCGACGUUCCGCCAUUACAGCGCUGUGUCGGCGUGCAUACGGUGCGGCAUAAGGAAGAGGGUGAAUACCGCGACGUUUACCGACGCUCGGCGUCAUCGUCGUCACCGAGCAAGCAAGCGAGUGAGCGAGCGAGCGGGCGAGCGAACCGAGCAACGUAACAAAUCGUCCGCGAACGGUACGCGACUGGCGGAGUUGAUCGCGCGUUAAAGUUUUUUCGCAGUUCGGCUUGAUUGCGCGCGUCCGCGGGCGAAAGCGUAAAAGAAGAGUUAACGGUGCGAGCGGGGAGGUGAGGAGGAGGAGGAGGAGGAGGUGAGCGGAACGAAGCGGAGAGGAGAGGAGAGGAAGAGAGCUGUGCCACAGAGAGCAACACACGCGUACAGAACGCCGGCGGAUAUGGAGAAUAGGCCGGCACCGCUGCGCUCGCGGCGGGUAUGCCGAUUCUGCUUGACGGAGUCGGAACCGCUCAACUACAUCUACGAGCGCGACCACAGCAAACCCUUCCAAGUGCCACUCGCGUUGCAAAUCAUGUCGUGCGUCGCCAUCGAGGUAUACGCAGCUGAUGGGAUGCCACAAAUGAUUUGCAGCACAUGUCGCUGGAACGUGGACCGCUCAUACAAGUUUAAACUGCAAUGCAAAAAGGCUGACGAGGCGUUAAGAGACUAUCCAUUGUCUGGGGUGCUACCUAGACCAUUCCCACCUAUUCCAAACGAUCCACCGGAAGGAAGCCACAAGAGAUCCGCUGAGAGCAGACAGCAAAACGAGGGUUCCAAGAAACCGCGCACUGAUAAUUCCGAAAGAGAAAGACGCGUAACUAGAGAGAGGGAACGAGAGAGGGAGCGCGAGCGGGAAAGAGAGAGAGAACGACAAGGCGAGAAGCAGAGGGAAAAGUCUUCGAGUGAUUUCUAUGAAGAAGAGCAGGACGGUGGCAGCGAUGGCGAGCAACAGACCAAGAGCAUCGAACGUAUGAAGGACGAUAAUAAUAUAACCCUGGAACCAGGCGAGAUCAGAGUACACGCGUGUGACCAAUGCGAACGGACGUUCCCGCUGCGCCAAGCUCUUUCGUUGCACAUUCAGACUGCACAUCGCGACCGCAAUUUCAAAUGCACAGAAUGCGAGCGCAUGUUCUUCUCUAAGUACGAUCUCAACAAGCACAUGAGCACUCAUUCGGACGAGAAGCCAUUCUCGUGCCAGAUCUGCCAGAAGCAGUUCUCCCGGCAAAAUCUGCUGCAGCGUCACGAAAAAGUGCACCGGGAGGAAGCUCGUUACGGAUGUCAACAUUGCGAUCGUGAAUUCUUCACUACAGAGGAUCUGGAGAAACAUGAGGACGCGGUGCACAAGAAAGAGAAACCGUUCCAAUGCAAUAUUUGCAACAAACGUUUCCAGUACAAGCAGGGCUUAGAACGUCACGAGACCUUGCACAACGAGGACAAAACGUUCGUAUGCGACUAUUGCAAGGAGGCGUUUCACACUAGCACCAAGCUGGCUCGUCAUCUCACGAGUCACGCCGGUCAUCGACCCUACAUGUGCAAGCUCUGUCCCAGGACGUUCUUAUUGUCACAUCAUCUGACGCGACAUAUGCGUACACACUCAGUGGAGAAGCGGCAUGUAUGCGAGGACUGCGGCAAAGCCUUCAAGCGUAAGGAGAGUCUCGAAGUGCAUCAGCUGACUCAUACGAAACGCACCGGGAUGGGCCUCACGUGUGAUGUUUGCCAAGAGUCUUGUCGCAACCGUGCCGACUAUGUCACCCAUAUCAAGCAACACAUUGAGGCAGGCGAGAAAAUGGGACCAGACGGCCUGCAGCCGGAUAACAAGCCCAAAGUGGAGGUGGACUCGGAAGACGAAGAUGAAGAGGAAGAUCAAUACUCGGACGACGACUAUGAGCCGCCCGCUUACAUUAUAAAGAAAAUGCCGAAGUCGAUGCCGCGACCGUCUGAGAGCGACGAGGAGGAGGUGGAAGAAGAGGAGCAGGACCGCAGCAAAGAGCAGGUAGUGUUUGUGCGCAGCAAGGACGGCAACAUGGUGAAGAAGACGAUCAAGACGCUGAUGCCGAUCCAACGUCGCGAGGUGCAGGAACAAAAAUCCGUCGGCAAGCAGAGCUCCAACAGCGGCUCGUCCAGCGUCUCUCAGAGCUCUACGAAGCAGACCACCUCGUCGUCACAGAGCAAAGAAGACAGCCCCAAGAAUGUUGUACGCAUGGACGAGACUGAGGCGCAAGUGCAGAAGAUCGUCGCGUCUGUGUUUAAAGAGCACAAGAUACCGUUGAAGCACCAAAACGCUGGCGCGCAGGAACAGUCUAACAAGGAGGCCGCGGCGAGCUCACAGAGCGCCACCACAUCGCAAGAAACUCGCAAGGCAGACGAUAAGACCGACGUCCCGGCAGAGACAUUAGGCUCGGUGACGGCGACCUCUACGCCGAAGACUAACACGGUGAAAGUCAUCAAGAGGUUCGUACUGAGGAAACCGAGUGGAAAUACCGAAGGAACGCCUGCGAACGCGAGUACGCAGGACGCCAUCAUGAGUAAUCUCAGCAGCAGCGCUAGCACUCCCAGCAGCACCGGGACUAAAGUCAACAGACGCUUGAUAGUACGCCGAAUCAUUCGCCACGGUGACACUACUCGCGAGGUCAUUAUGAAUCCGGACGGCACCGCCGUCGAUCCAGCUGAAUUAGCAAAAUUGCCAACCGGGAACGUGGUAAAGCGAGUGGUGGUGAAGGCCAAGGGUCAAAACUUGGUGCAGGCUUUGCUGCAGCGAGUGGAACAUCAUCAGAAGCCCGGCGAGGCUAUCGUGGACGAUGCGACGGCAACGAAGUUUGAACUGAAGACCAGCUCGUCGAACAGUAGUAGCGGCGGUACUGCUUCUACCGCGACCACAUCUAAGAGCACGGUCGUCGGGUCGCAGAAAGCAGCGAGCCAACAACAGUCAGGCACGCAAGAAGAUCAGGAGACCAAGGAGAAGCUCGAACAGUUGGAAAAGCGGGUGGAGCAGCAGAGGCUGAAAAUUGAGGAAUUGCAAGCGAGAAAACAGGAAUACGAAGCGAUCGAUGAGAUGCUACCAGAGCGGCACGAUGAGUCCGAAGACGAGCAACAGUUGCCGCUGAAGAGGGUGUUCGUCAAACGGAAGCAAAGCAUUUACGACGAGGAGCAAGAAUAUAACGACAAUGAUAUUGAAAUUACCGGCAUCACCACCACCACCGCCACUAUCGCCGCUACCACCACUACCACCUCGAAUCCGAGCAAGAACAACAGUGAGCAAGCAGCCGCCAAGGAGGAGGUCUACAAGGUCUCCAGCGUGGAGGAAACGCCGGAGAAUAUUCAGAAGGAGAUACAGAACCAGCAAAAAACGAUAAAGACGCCCGAUGUUGUUGUCAGUUCCAUCAGCAGUGCAGUCACACCGACCCCGACGAAGAAAGGUCCAACCAUCUCCAGCGAAAAAGUCUAUACAAACAGACGCUUUCUGAUCAUGAAACCCGACCAGACGUCCGAGGUAGAGGAAAUGAGCCGUGAGUUGUGCAGCAUCUUGGAGACCACCGACAACGUGGUAAAGAUGCAAGAAACGGUACUGAGCAACCUCUCGCAAAUCUCUGGCACGGUGUCGUCGGACACGACGCUGAAGGCGAAACGGCGACAAGGCGACAAGCCUACGGAUGCGACCGCGCAGGUCGCCGAGGAAGAAACGGAGGAUUCCUGCGAUAUCUCAGAAACUGUCAAGGAAGAGACCGCGAUGGAGGUGGAGGUGGAAGUCGCGAGCCAGGAGACUGACAAGUUGGAUCCUUCCGAGAAAGUAGCAGAAGAGGAGGAUACACAGGAGGAGGAGGAGGAGCCCGGCGCGUCUCCCCAUUUGGUCCUCGACCAAGACCAAGAUCUCUCCGAGACUGCUGACAUUUUUGAAACAUCGGACGACGUGCUGGACGUGCGGAAGUCGAGCACUCUCAACGAGUCUGUGAUCGAGCUGUCGCAGACCAAUGAGACCAUCAGUCUCAACGACACAAACGACAGUCAGGAUAGUCUAGAGGAUAAGCUCUCACAAAUGGAAGGUUAAAUCGUCGUAAAGGCUCGUCCCCGGAAGAGAUGCUGCUCCAAAGAAAAAUCGUGACCGCUCCUCCUCCCCAAGACACAGACAGAAGGAGAGAGAGGUCGUAACGCGCGCGCGACGCAUUGAUUCUCUCAGUCUUUCACGAGCGUACGAAGCAACGGAAUCAAUUGGUUACCUGUAUAAAAAUGAGAAGGGUUUUCGAACGAAUAAGAGAAUACAAUCGAGAGGUGUUAACGUGCUUGCAAUAGAGGAAAGGAACCGCAUGUUAUAUGAGCUCUCUCUUUUUUUUUUUUCGCACAGUUUUCGAGGAUUCUCGCGUGAGAUUGAUCAUUAUCUUUGGUACUCGGAAUGUCGCUUAAUGUCGUGCAUGAUAAUAUACAAUAUCGAUGUGACGAUCAUGUAAUGACCGACGACUAAGACAUACGGUUAGUAUAAAAGCCUGUUCGGACUACAGCUCCGUCGCUAGUUACGAUCAGGACUUUGUACUGCGAUUAAGUAACUGCUUGAGUAAUAUUGAUUACGCAUUUUUUUCCAAUGGAAGAGAAUUUUAUUUAGCAUUUUGGAAAAACUAUUCGGAAUCAAUCCAUCUUGACUCUCGUGUAAUCCGAGUUUGCUUGAACUACAUAUUAUUAUUAUCUAAUAUGGAGAUACUACAUUAUAUAUCGUUAUUAAAACAUAUAUUAUUAUUAAAUAAUUAUAUAUUAGGGCCAUACAUAUAUUACACAUAUUCUGUGUAUGCAGCACAUGCCUCACACACACAUAUACAUACACAUACAACACACACACACACACACACACAUCUAUUGAGUUAUUAUUCAUUUGAGUUAAUCAUAUGAUUAUACGAUUUUAUGAUGAUUAUAAUAUGAUCAUCGUACUACGAUGUGCGAAACCAUUAGAAAUUAUUCAAAUACGAUUUUAUGAGACAAGGCAGUCGAGAACUACUAUUUUUUAUAAUCAACUUUAGGUUCGUCUCUGACCAUCUCGUAACUCUUUAACUUUUAACUUGGCCGAGCAACUGUUUUUUUCUAAAAAAAAAAAAAAAGAAGAAAAGAAAGAAAAAGAAAAGAAAAAAUAUUACUGACACUUUUACUUUGUAGAAUUAACGUUGAAUCGAGGGUUAAUGACGACGGGAACUCAUCGAUUGUUAACUCUCUCUCUCAGACAUACACACGUGGUCCAAAUGCUUUCCUCGCCAGUAUUAGAAUUUCGUUUCGACAGAGCUCGACCGACAUUCAGAAUACUAUUGCUAAUUCCCAGUCGCGCGAGGAUCUUGGCGAUGGACGCAGAUUGAAUAACGCAGAUUCGUAUUGGUAUCAUUUUAACAGUAAUCGAGCGAGACACGAUCUCUUACGGGAAAGGAUCUUUCCGUAUUUCUCCGAUGAAUUUAUAUAUUUUUCGUUCCUUACGAUCAAGUCACUUCGAUCGUUCCGGAGCUCGGCGAUCGCGAAUAAAAAGUAAUAUAUCUUGUUAUCUCAUUCGAAUUUUGUCAAAAUUUUUCAUGCAUAUUUUCAAAAUUCUUCUCUCCGUGUGAAAGGAAUGAAACGCACUGACAGUCCACUCGAAUGAGUCUCCACUCGAAUGAUUUGUUUAUCCUUUUUCCAAAAAAUAACGAUGAUCGAGUCAGGAUAAAAUCGCGAAAUUCGUAAAUAUUAUGCUGAUGAUUAGCAAGCAUGACGACGUAAUUCUCGUAUCUAACGUCAUUAACACAUUUAACAUACGUUAUUUGAUGUCAUUAAUACGUCGUCGUGUUGUGCUAGGUGUAAGUAUUGUGUGUGACUGUGGAUGAUGUUUAUGUGUUCAUCUUCGCUUUCCGAAGCGAUGCAACUCGACUAUGAUUGUAUGAAAAAAAUUAUCAUAUUAUUACAUAUUAACGAUACAAUAAGAGAAUUUACUCGAUCGGCUUCAUUUUUUUCGGACUGUAGAUCAACGCGUUUGGAUAAAAGUUUGAUAAGAGGAGUUUCCUUCCUUUCCUUUUGGUUAGGUAAAUAUGAUAUACACUAGGUAUUGAUAAUUGUAAACAUUCUCUUCCUACAAUUUGCUGUUUUUUUCGCUGUUGGUGCAACAAACCCUAAUUCAACAAGUCGUACACUCAAAACAUCGGGAACACAACAGACAAUGAGAUAUAUUAAAUCUAUAGAAUUGUGCGUUUACAAUAAUUAAUCUCCAGAAUUAUUUCAUUAAUUUACUUAUGGAUAUGGUAAGGUAGAUUAUAUUGCAGAUAUUUGAAGCUAUAUAUGAAAUAUACCAAGUACGGUGUGUAAGCGUAGA